GGCACGAAAGAGAGUAAAACCCUAAGUGUCGUUUCUCUUUUAUCUUCUCCUAAGAAACUCCUACCUUAACCAGUCUCGCCGCCUCUGGAAACUCACAGAGCGACCGUCCGGUACUACUCGACUGAAAAAAGCUCCGUUCUACAUUCACUAGUUUUGGUAAUGGAACAUAAACUAGCCACUGCUGAGAAGAAGGUGCUGGUAGAGCUGGUGAAGCUAGUGCAGAAGAAAGGUUUAGAAGGAGAGAAGGGAGGAUGGAAGGAGUUUCUAAACUCUUACGACAAGAGAUUCGGAGCGAGUCUCAGCGAUCCUUCGCGACGCUCCAAUGAUGUAUUGGUCGCUUUUCUUUUGAGUUUUGACAAGGAGGAAGAUAGGCAGCUAUUGGCUAGGGUUCUUCAGUGUGAUGCUAAUCGUAAUCUGAUUGAGAAAUUCAAGCAGGAAUCCCCUGAUAAAGAGACUCCUGAGCAGAGGCUAGUUCGAAUGACUAUUACGCAUCCUAGGUACCCUAUCUACUAUGCUUUCCCUUCCCACGCCGAGGAUUGGUUUGUAACUAAGUCUGGCAAGAAGCAGUCAAAAGUGAUCAAGUCAACCAGAAUGCUUGCUAUUGAUUGUGAGAUGGUUACCUGUGAAGAUGGCAGUGAGGCUGUUGUUAGGGUUGCUGCUGUGGACCGUGAUUUAAAGGUGGUUCUUGACAAAUUUGUGAAACCGAGCCUACCCGUUAUUGACUAUAAGACGGAAAUCACUGGAGUUACUGCUGAGGAUCUUGAGAAAGCCACUCUGUCUGUUGCUGAUAUUCAGAAAAAACUGCGGAGGUUUCUUUCUAAGGGAACUAUUUUAGUUGGUCACGGUUUGCACAAUGAUCUUCAAGUGUUGAAGGUAGAUCAUGCGAGAGUAAUCGAUACCUCUCUUGUCUUCAAGUAUUCCGGUGCAAACAAUUCUCGAACACCUUCUUUGUUAAAUCUAUGCAAGUCUGUUUUGGAUGAGGAACUGCGAAUGGAGGGUGCUGCUCACAAUUGCGUUCACGACGCUGCCGCUGCUAUGAAGCUUGUACUUGCUGUUGUGGAGAAAGGAGUAGAGACCUCGAUCCCACAAACUGAAAAAAUGUUGGAGGUUGAGAAGACAAUACAGGAGGCGAAGAAGGCAAGUCUCUAUCUUCAUAAGAUCCCUCGUAAUGUCCCUUCUCAAGAGUUAAAAGGAGUUAUUACGGGAGAUUUCAAAGUCGAGGUUAAGCCACCAAAGAAGCUAGGAGGUUAUUAUAGCGCAGAAGUUGUUUUUAGUAGUCAAGACGAAGCAAAUCAAGCAUUUGAUAACGUUGAUGGAGAUAUAGUCAAGGAUAAAAUGGGUUUGUCACAAAAAAUGGUUGAGUUUCAACCGAGUUCUGGAUCAGUAUCCAGACUAUACGUUCGUAAAAAUGUUCAAGACGCUGAAGUCUCUGCCAAGAAGAGAAGUAACACAGAGGAGAUCAAAGUGAGUUCUAAGAGGCGGAAGAGGGAGAAUGAUGCUAAGGAGACAAGAGAAGAGAAUGUAAACCAUUGCAGCAGCCGAGAGAGCAAAUGUGAAAAUCAUAUAAAGGAAAUUGAAGAACUGAAGGAGAAUCAUAUAAAGGAAACCGAAGAACUGAAGGAGAAUCAUAUAAAGGAAACUGAAGAACUGAAGGAGAAGCUCAAAGCUAAUGAACUGAAGCUCAAAGCUAAAGAACGUGAGGUUGAGGCGCAGGAUAAGAUGAUAACUAACCUCAAAAAGAAACUGAAUCAAAGGUGAAAGACUUAACGUUUAAUCAUCAUCCGUAUCAGAUACUAUUUUGUUCCAAAUUUUUAUUUUUAUCAGUUGAAACUCGUGAGAUUUUGUAUUGUAUUCGAUGAAACCAGUGCACACCAAACUAUUUAUUUUGAUAUCUAAGGUGAAAAAAGAAUAUGAAGUGAAAACUCA